UGAAAAUGAUAAUAGUGAUAAUAAUAGUUAUUCAGAUUCAAAUAAUAGUGAUGAUAAUAAUGAUUAUGAUAUUGAAUUAUUAACAGAAAAAUAUUUACUUAAUAAUGAUAGAGAAAUAUUAUAA